GCUGGCUAGCGCGCAGGCUCGCAUCGGGGCUGCCCCGGGCUUUUGCAAGCGGCGCGGCGGGCCUGCGAGCCGGUGCAGCAGCCGCUUCGUCGACCUCCUUUCUCGUUGUCGGCGGCCGGCCGGGUCAGGGCGCGCGGGGAGCAGGCGGCGGCUGCCUCAGGCGGAGGCGGAGGUGCGGCGGAGGGUGGGGGCCGCUGCCUUCGCAGGAGCCCGGGCCGGCCCGCGCCUUUGCAUCGUGCUCCAUGCAUCCGGAGCCCGCCCCGCCCCCGAACAGCAACAGCCCCGAGCUUCCCCUCACCGGCGGCAGCACCACCAGCGGCAGCCGCCGGAGCCGCCGCCGCAGCGGGGACGGAGAGCCCCCGGGGUCGCCGCCACCGCCAGCCGCCGUUACCUACCCGGACUGGAUCGGUCAGAGUUACUCCGAGGUGAUGAGCCUCAACGAGCACUCGAUGCAGGCGCUGUCCUGGCGCAAGCUCUACUUGAGCCGCGCCAAGCUCAAAGCCUCCAGCCGGACCUCUGCUCUGCUCUCCGGCUUCGCCAUGGUGGCGAUGGUGGAGGUGCAGCUGGACGCCGACCAUGACUACCCACCGGGGCUGCUCAUCGCCUUCAGCGCCUGCACCACAGUGCUAGUGGCCGUGCACCUGUUUGCGCUCAUGAUCAGCACCUGCAUCCUGCCCAACAUCGAGGCGGUGAGCAACGUGCACAACCUCAACUCAGUCAAGGAGUCGCCCCAUGAGCGCAUGCACCGCCACAUCGAGCUAGCCUGGGCCUUCUCCACCGUCAUCGGCACGUUGCUCUUCCUGGCCGAGGUUGUGCUGCUCUGCUGGGUCAAGUUCUUGCCCCUCAAGAAGCAGCCGGGGCAGCCCCGGCCCACCAGCAAGCCCACGGCUGGCGGCGCGGUGGCCAGCGUCAAUGGCAGCACAGGUGGCAUCACCCCCGGCCAGGCUGCCGCCAUCGCCUCCACUACCAUCAUGGUCCCCUUUGGCCUGGUCUUCAUUGUCUUUGCUGUCCACUUCUACCGCUCACUGGUCAGCCAUAAGACGGACCGACAGUUCCAGGAGCUCAACGAGCUGGCCGAGUUUGCCCGCCUGCAGGACCAGCUGGACCACAGAGGGGAUCACCCCCUGACACCCGCCAGCCACUACGCGUGAGCCCUUCUGGGCUCGGGCACGUCAGAUCUCUGGCCUCACGCCACUCCCCACGACCUCGCCCUGCACCGGCCUCAAGGACAGCCAGCUCAGAGGAUCGGGCUUUUGUAAGGGGGCGGAGAGUGGGGGAAGAGGCUUUUUUUUUUUUUCUUUUUAAGAGAAACGACUGCACUUUGAAACUUUCCUCGGAGAGAAUGAGCACUUCCUCUUCUUCCAGCUUCGGGGUCACCUCCUGGUAGGAGGCCACCAGUGGGAGCCAGAGUGGGGACAAACGCUCCCUUUGUCCCUCCUCCUCCCUGUGUCCGUGCCACUUGGAUGCUUCUUGUCUUUUCUGUCUUGACCUCCCUCCCCGUUCAGUGUCAUGUGUGUGUGUGUGUGUGUGUGUGUGUGCGCGCAUGCACAUAAAUAUACUCAUAAGGGAUA